AAAGAAAUUGAAAUACACGAAUCAUUUAUGAAAAUAGUUAUAGAUUUAGCAAUAGAAAGGAAUAAUAAAUAUGCAACUAUUAUUGUAUCGCCUGAAGGAAGUGUGUUAUGUUCUGGCGUUGACUCUACAAAAGAUAACCCAAUAUUAAGAAGUGAACUGUUGGCAAUUACAAACUGUAGUGCUUCAUACUCAAUGUCUACAUUUGAAGACCAUUCAAUUUACUCUACCUCCGAACCCGAUCCUUUAGCAGCCUCUUCAAUAGUGUGGGCCAAAUUUAAAACAGCAGUUUGGGGUUCAUCUAUUAAUGACCUAUAUUGCAGAGCUUGUAUUCCUCACCUACCUGUGGAAUCCUCAUUCAUUUUUUCAAAAGCCUUUGGUGUUGGAACGAAAAAACCAAUUGAACAAAUUAGCGGUAUACUAAAAGAUAAAACUGAUCAACUUUUUAAUUCAGAAUGUUCAAAUGGUAUUAUUAAACCACAAUGCAAAUGUAUAAAU